AUGCUAAGCGCAAUUCUCACAGCAACAAGCGUUAUUCUGCUUGUUAUUCUGCUAAUGAUUAUAUCGUCUAUUCUUUUGUACUCAAAUUAUUCAGAGAAGAUCUGCGAGGUGACUUUGGACGAUUUGAACAGGAAGGCCACGCUCAACAUAGACAUUACGCAAGACAGCUUGUUUAUUGGGCAAAAGAUACUCGACGAGGUGUGGGUGAUUGCCACGGUAGAGAACUGCGGGCUUUUGUCGAAAAAGGACCUUGCGCGGAUACUGCGUGCACUGCGCAACACAGGAAUAGAAGAGCUUGUUUUGAAGAGAGUAAAACCUCCGCUCGAAAUAAAUAGCGCGUGGCUGAACGGAAUAAAAACAGUCCGGAGCGUCUCCUUUGUAGACUCCACCGUCUCGUGCCAGCUUCUGAACGAGGUCCGGAUGGCUCCGCAAAUAGAGUGCUUGAAGAUCUCAGGAAGAAAAACAGAGUGGUUGUACGAAAGACACGAAGCCCCGGAAAGCAUGGAAAACAUCCAGUCGCUUGUGGUGAAGAACACAAAAAAGGGAUUUUUCUCUGCUUUUCUCGGGUCGAUGAGCUUCAGCCCUGUGCGGGACCUGCAUCUAGACAGUUCAGGGCUUAGGUCGUUUCGCGCCCUCGCCAGUGCAGAGCUCACAAACUUGCGCAAGCUGAGAAUCCGCCAUGAGGUGCUGGACGGAGCCACCCUUGGAGACAUAGCCAAGUUCAAGCAUUUGGAAAGCCUUAGCAUUCUGAGGAGCAAGGUCCUGCACGCCCCCUUGGCCGAGGACCGGGCUCCGGUGGUUGCUUUGUUUAAGAAAAUGUGGCAAUUCAAGAUAGAAAGAUCAGUGUAUGAUAAAAUGCAGCGGAUCUGCGCCUUCCAGACAAACGAGAAAAACAUACACAUAUGCAUGCACUACGCACGGGAGAAGUACUUUGUCGAGUACACUCCCAUAUACAACAAAACAUGGCGGAUUUUUAAGACGCAGGACAGCGGCAGCGUGCUGCAAGUGAAAGUUGCCGAUAUUGUCGAAGAGGACGCACUGAGUGAGACCCCCCAGAACGCAGAGAAGAAAGACCAAAGCUCUUUGCAGCUGCCUUUUUUGAGGGAAGAGCCCAUGCAAGAAGUUGCCAUAACGAUAGAAAUAUCCCGGUCCAAGCAAGAGAUGCAGAAACUUCUGAGGAGAAUAAUGGACAAGACAAAGGCAUACACCCCAAGCAAAAUUGCCGUGUAUUUCAGCAAAUCCUGCCCAAUCGACAGAAAAUACAUAAAGAGAAUCCUGAAGGACGAAGGGUAUCCCUCCCUUGCGGAAGUGCGCUUUAACAACAUGCUCCUGUGCAGCCCAAAGUUGCAGCGGCCCCAGAGCGUGACAAGUUUGCAUUUGGUGCGCGUAGAAACAAAAGACAACAAACACACGUGGAAGGCCUUAGACAAAAAGAGCCAGAAAAGUGAUAUAUUUUUAUAG